UCAAAAUCUGUAACACUAAUCUGCUGCUGCAAAAUGCAUACAGCGGAUUCAGAAGUAGAAGCAUUAAUUUUGAGAGAAACUGUACACAUUAAAGGCAAAGAAUGUGUCUUAACUUUGACUUUAAAAGAAUUGAUUUUAUCUAAUGAAUCUUCAGCCACUACUUUCAAAUGGCCAGACGUAUUAAGUAUACAACCAUCUCAGAAAUCUUUGGAAACUGGAUGCUAUGUAUUGCAAUAUAUUCACCAUGAAGCAAAUAAUGCCCUAUGUUUAAAAACAUUACUGAUAAAAGGAAAUUCAGAGCAGUGUGUUUGUUUAAUAAAUCAGUAUAUUGCAGAUUCUGGACGACCUAAAAAACUGUUUGUUGUCAUCAACCCAAUAGGGGGCGCUGGUAAAGGUCUGCAGAUAUAUCAUGAAGAGGCUGAACCUUUAUUUAAACUUGCAGGCAUUGAUACUUCAAUUGUGGUGACAGAGAGAUCUAAACAUGCAUUGCAGAUUGGAGAGAGUACAGAUUUAUCACAAUAUGAUGGUAUCGUGGUUGUUGGUGGAGAUGGUUUGUAUCAAGAGCUGCUUCAAGGAAUAACUUUACAAGUACAAAAGAAAUCUGGAAUAAAUUAUGACAGUCCUGAUACAGACUUAGUAAAACUUAAUGUGCCUCCGAUAGGAAUUAUUCCUGCAGGUACUGGUAAUGCUGCAGUAAGAUAUUAUAAUGGAGGUAUUUUUGAUGUAAGAACUGCAGUGCUCAAUAUAAUUCGAGGUGAACAGCACAGGGCAUCAGCUUUUGCAAUUUACAGUAACAGCAAAUUGUUUGGUGUGUCUCAUUUCCUUGUGACCUAUGGUUUGUUUGCAGAUGUAAUGAAAAGGACAGAGGAGUUACGAUGGAUGAAAAAGUUCAGAUAUAUUUAUGCUCUUUUGGGACAAUUUAUUUUUAGCAGAAAAAGAUAUUUUGAUGCUGAAAUUUAUUACCGAGCACUUGAUGUAAAUUCCAGCGAAAUGGCAGCAUCAAGUUCUUCAGAUUGGAUCAGCAUGGAGCCAGCUAUACAACACUGCUAUUCCAUCCAUGCAAUGCCUUAUGAGAUUGUGGACACAGGGAAUAAAAAGUAUGUGGAUCCAUUUAGUCAACAUUGUCAACUUUUUGUUGUCACUGGAUGCAGUCAGUUGUCUCUACUAUUAAGUCUUGUAACUCAGGACUUUACACCCAAACCUGGUAUGAAAGUGUUGAACAACAUAAUAGGGUUUAAAAUCAAAGUGGCAAGAGAAAAUUCUGCAUCUCCUGUGUCUGACAGAGAGGCAAGAAACAUUGACCUGGAGAAAGGGAUUCAAAUAGAUGGGGAAUUUCUAAAACUUGAGAAACCAGAGUUUUUAGUCAGGUUGUAUAACUCCUUUGUCCCAGUGUUUGGGUGUAAGCCUGCAGUUACUUGAAAAACAAAAGUUGUGUUCAUUCUACCCGGAAGUUAAAGGAACUAAGACUUUUACUUAUUUGUACUUAGAACUGCAACAAUUCUUCAGAGUUCAAAUUUGUGUGGGUAACUUGAUCUGCUUUUUCCUGUUGUUGUUAUGUAACUCUUCAGUACUUAAUAGUGAUUAAGAUCUAUGAAUUAUGUAUUCUGCUUAAAUGUACUUUUUAGUUUCACUACAAGUUCUGUACCUGUAAAGCUGACUCAGUGUUACAGUAAAAAUAAGACUUAUGUCUUAAGUCCAGAGAUUUAGGAACAUUGCAUUAUUUCACAUAUUAACACAGACCCAUCUGUAAACUACAUAAUUUGCCUUAUAAAAAGAGUAUUGGGCUUAUGUAUUUUUUUUGCAUUUUGUUUUCAUCAAUUAAUUCUAGCCUGGCCAUGAUACCUGAAGUGUGCUUAGAACUGUUCUGAGAUUGCAAGGUCAGGAAAUGUACAAAUACGGAGGUGACCAGAUGAUAAAAUAAUAGGUCAUAGCAGAUAUCAAAUGUUUUAACUUUAAAAGGAAGGAUGAGAUAUUUAUGUUUAUGCAUUUCAUCGUUUUUUGCCGUUUGUGAAAAUCAUUUGCCAGAAUGUGACGUGAUACAAAGAAAGCUCAUGUUUAUACUCCUAAAAAUACGAAGUCGUCUCUAUUUAUUUAAUAUUGUGUUAGUAAUCAAUAUUUUCUGUAGUGUGGACAAAGUUCAACAGUUGACAUGUAGUACAGUGAUACAAGAUUAAUUUUUUUAAAAUUGAAUCUUUUUGUUUAUUAGGUACAAUAAAUAAUUGUGUUUCAACUUGAUUCGAAAUAGGGUGUGGAAGAAAUAAUUUGUACAAAAAUUGUACCUGCAAGUUAAUGCAGGCUUUGUAAAAACAAUCCUUUGAACUCUCUUGUGUUUUGUGUGUAAAAAUGUCUAAAAACAAAAAUGAAAUGUAGGUAGAACUUGAUUAGUGUGUGUGUGUGGGUAGAGUGGUACUUCGUCUGAGUAAUGACAAAAUGUGUCCUACCAAAAAGCAACAUAGAGCUUAUGAAAUACCAUAAUGUGAAAUUAAAUGAAAAGUCUGUGA